UACGAGGAGAGGAACUUCCAGGGUCGUUCCUAUGAGUGCAUGAGCGACUGCUCCGACAUGUCCUCCUUCCUGAGCAGGUGCCACUCCUGCAGGGUUGAGAGCGGCUGCUUCAUGGUCUACGACCGUCCCAACUUCAUGGGAAACCAGUACCUCAUGAGGAGGGGCGAGUACUCUGACUACAUGAGCAUGAUGGGAAUGAGGGACUGCAUCAGGUCUUGCCGUAUGAUCCCCAUGCACAGAGGCCAGUUCAGGAUGAGGAUCUACGAGAGGGAG